AACCUAGAUAAGUCGGAAGUGAACAAAGUAUUAGCAAAAUAAUAUGUUUAAUAUUUUUUAAAUUACUGAAGGGAGCUCAGAAUUGUGAUAUUAUUAAAGAAUUACAAUAUCAAUUAUACUAAUCCAUAUGACUUGUACUUUGUUGAUUAAAAAGUUUACCUUAAUAUCCAACAAAUUCCAUUGUGGGCAAUUUAAGUUCAUCAGAGAAGUUAAGGGAAAAUGCAAGAUUUGCUAGAAAAACUCUCAGUUUACGGCGUAGGGAAACGGAAACUUGAUGAUGUUUUAUUCGUGAACGAGUUUCCGCCUAAGGUUCUCGGAGUUUAUGAUGUGGAUGAGGAAGAGCUAUGCCAUGAAAUAAUAACGUCAACAUGCUCAAUACCAGGAUGUAAAUACACAACGGACUCCUUGUUGGAUUUCGAGAAUCAUUACAACUCAAGACAUAGGUACUCAUGCUGUGAAUGUAAGAAGAUACUGCCUUCGCCACACUUGCUCGAUCUUCAUUUACAAGAAACUCACGACUCGUUCUUUGCUGUCAGUGCUUUAAGAAAGCCAUCGUAUUGCUGUUAUAUAGAAGAAUGUAAAGAGAAGUUUUUAUCACCAGAUGAAAGAAUGGAUCAUUGUGUAAAAAUUCACAAAAUACCUAAAGACUUCAGAUUCGAUCAAAAGCCAAAGAAAAAUAAAAAUAAAUCUGAUGCAAUGGAUGUGGAUAGUGAGAAGAAAUUCAUGUUUUGCAAUAACAAGAGCAAAAGUUUUAAGUACUCAGGCAAAAAGUUUACAAAUGACACAAAGGCAACUAGUUCAGUUGACAUUGAUAUGGUUGUGAGUAGUUUGAGAGAAAAUUUACCACAAUAAAACAUUAUUUCUGAGA